AUGCCUACAAUGAAUAGACAUUCUGUCUACAACGAGGAUUCAUUUUCGCUCACCAACUUGGACGACGAAUUAAUGGGCACAUCAACACGUCGUGUAGACGAGGAGCUCGAUUACGAUAUCAAUACUUCAACUCUCGACCGUGCUUUCCCCGAAUUCUCACAAAUACAGACUUCAGAAGAAGAAGAACAAGAACCAGAAAUGGAGGAACUCUCACACAGUGAUCUCGACAUGUCUGUCGAAUUGGGACGCGGUGCUACCAACCAAGCACGCGACGAUUCCCGGACCUCUAUGAUGAGUUUCGAAAACAGUGUACGCUCCUCUUCACCCGCAAUGCGCGUUGAAUACCCCACACCACAAAAGCACUCUGCUGUUACGCGUCCCGCGCGUCGCGCAGCGAGCGAAAACCUACGAAAGAAUGCUCAAGUCCGGCGAGCAACCCAAGCACAGAAAGAGACUAUGAACCCACAGUCAUCGAAGACACAACGGGACCAGCGCCGAACACUUUCAGACAUGCACGCGAAAGUACGGGACAGCUAUGAGGGGUCAUUCCUGGGAGACGAACGACCUGCUCCUAUUACAACGAAGCCGCGCUCCACGCGUUUUGGAAAUGCCAAUACCUCGCAGGAAAUCGCCGAGGCCAUCGAGCGAGCUUCGCGUGAUGCAUAUGCCAGGGAAACGCGAAAAUCAACAUCCAACGCAGGAACUCCUCGCAAAUCUAGUGCUAAUGCCGUUAACAACACCAUUGGUGACACUAUGACCCACCAAUCCUUCCUUCUUCCCGACCUUCCUAAUAUUUCCGAACUCGUCUCUGGUGUUUACGAAGAUGGCACACCCGUUUAUUCACGCCAGGGCAAGAUGCGCUCUACGCGAUUUGUCUCCCCACUCCAUGAUAACACUGAUAUAUCUCUACCCCACGAGCACAUGCCAUUGGACGCCGUUCCCGUCCCCGAAGACGAAAAGGCAUUGUUUGUUCACCUCAGGCUGCUUCAGGAUAAGGUGGCGGAACUGGAAAUGUUUAAAUCCGACGCAGAGAAGCGGAUCGAUGGUUACCGUCAGGAGAAUGCGUCUUUGAAGUCGAACAAACCUCGCCAGUCAACGAAGUAUGAUCAAGAAGACAAUGAUUACAAAAAGGGCUCGAAGCGGUUGGUAGCUGAGAAUCAGAAGUUGGAAGCCGCCAAUCUUGCUUUGCAAAAUCAGUUGGAUAUCGCCGAUCGAAAGGCCCAGGUUCAAGAGUCUGCUAUUAAGCGCCUGAACCAUGAUAGAGAGUCAGCUAUCACCCAACUUGGUGCGGCCUACCUUGAAGGACGGGAGCUCAAGGUGGAGAACGAGGAAUUGAGGCAGGAAAAUGCCGAGCUCAAGAGUCAAAUCAGCCAAUUCUCAACCCAGAGAAACCGUGACCAAGACACUGCCGAACAUGAAGGUAGCGUGGAUGUCUCUGAUGCAGAUGAAAGCCAAGUCUACACCGAACCCAGUGGAGAAAUGAGCCGUAGCACCAAAGACCUAACAUCGAAGAGUGCCCGGUCAAACACCAGGACCAGACGCCAGGAUGACUCACGUGCGAGAGUUUCUAAUCAAGUGGACAAGGAGAUUUCUCGCCUCGAGAAAGAACGCGCCGAUGAGGCUCUUUUCUCUAUCGAAGUGUCAAGACGCGCAUCGGCCUCCAAGCCCUCGAAGCUCACUGCGUCUCGCUCUGAGUCCAAGAGCAGCCGCAAGCAACCCAACUCCAGCAAGCAACGUGUGAAGCGAGUUGUAGUUGAGGACUUCACUGAGCCUGACGUGUCUCAGCAAACAAAGGCUUCUUCUGACACGGAGGAUAUGACAUUGUUGAGUAUCAUCGAUGAGAACGAGAUUUCUCGUCUCCGCAGGACACUGGAAGAGGAAAGAAUUAUGCGCAAGCAACGUCGUUCCAGCAACCCCAAGGAAACGAAUCCCACCGAGACUGUGAACUCGACCCGACAGAGCAUAUUGAAGACCCCCGCCCCCCGCAAAUCAUCUAUUCGAGAAACCAAACCCGCUAUUCCUCGCCCAGCGUCGGCUGCUGGUGACAUCACCACUGCCUCGAAAGCAAGCAGCGAGGGAGACAGCAGUCUCUCAGUACCGGUUCCAGAGCGCUCUCGACGCCACUCAGAGCACUCGCUGCCCGAACCUGCGCCACGCAAAAAGCACCGCAACGUUCCGGACAUGACAUCUGCUUUCAUUCUCCCAGAUAUCACUCUUCACCACGUGGACAUGGCAGCAAGCGACCCAUCUAGACUGCCUCAAGAGACCCAAAAAGCAUUGGACAACAUUGGCCAGCACAACGGACCGAACUGCACAGUCUGCAAGGGCCGCAGCAACGAUGGAACAUGCAGCCACGAGUCAGUGAAUGUUCCCAAGCCCGUGCCCGUCUCAGAGCGUAUGCCCAAGCCAUCCGUCUACAACGAGGAGCCAACCAUGCGCCCCUCGCAAUCCCCCGCCCUAGCCCUUGCCACUGUUCUCAAAGGCCUUGAGGACGAGCUCUCUCAUCUCAAGAUGCAACUGGCUACCUACCAAAGCGCCUAUAACAAGCUCGAUGCAUCUCUCGGAAAGCGCCCUCGAAAGGCCCUACAAGAAAAGAUCGACAAGCUUUUUAGGGACAUUGACAUGAAGGCGGAUCAAAUUUACGCUCUGUAUGAUGUUGUCGAAGGCCAGAAGCAGGAUGGCCAUGAGAUGACUGAGCAGGAGAUGGAAAUGACUUUGGAGUCGAUUGGACUCGAUGUCAGCGCCACACACGCUGAUGUCACCGCUACGACUGAUAAGUCUUCUCGUCAUGGUCAGAUUGACUUGGAUGACGAGGAGGACUUGCCCUGGGAGGGCAUUGAAAGUACUGGCGAGAUGACUGGCCACCUUACUAUUGGACAUUGA